UGGGACCGGAGGCGGCGGCGGCGCCGAGCGGGUGGGAAGUGGCGGCGGGACGGGCUGCGUCGCUGCAGCCCCCGAAGCCGCGGGGAUGAGGCGGGACGUGCGCAUCCUCCUGCUGGGGGAAGCCCAAGUGGGGAAAACGUCUUUGAUUAUGGCUCUGGUGGGUGAGGAGUUUCCUGAAGAGGUACCUCCUCGUGCAGAAGAGAUCAUAAUCCCUGCAGAUGUCACUCCUGAGAAGGUCCCCACUCACAUUGUAGACUACUCGGAAUCAGAACAGACGGAAGAAGAGCUCCAAGAAGAGAUUGCCAAGGCAAACGUGGUAUGCAUGGUCUAUGACGUCACAGAGGAGUCCACUAUUGACAAGAUUCGGACAAAAUGGAUUCCAAUGGUGAAUGGGGGCGUUGAGAAAUGUUCCAGGAUCCCCAUCAUUCUUGUGGGAAACAAGUCAGACCUGAACACUGGGAGCUCCAUGGAAACCAUCCUGCCCAUUAUGAACCAGUUCUCUGAGAUUGAGACCUGUGUGGAGUGUUCAGCAAAAAACCUGAAAAACAUUUCUGAGCUCUUCUACUAUGCCCAGAAAGCUGUCCUUCACCCAACUGCCCCUCUCUACGAUCCAGAGGAGAAACAGUUAAGGCUAGCAUGUGCACAAGCACUCACUCGGAUUUUCAACAUGUCUGAUCAAGACAAUAACCAGAUCCUAAGUGAUGAAGAACUGAACUAUUUCCAGAAGUCCUGCUUUGGAAACCCAUUGGCUCCUCAGGCUCUGGAAGAUGUGAAAAUGGUGGUCUGGAAGAACACAACAGAUGGCGUCCAGGACAAUGGCCUUACACUCAAUGGCUUCCUUUUCCUCAACACACUCUUCAUCCAGAGAGGGCGCCAUGAGACCACAUGGACUAUUCUCCGCCGCUUUGGCUACGAUGAUGCCCUGGAGCUGACCGACGACUAUCUCUGCCCGCUGAUCCGGGUACCCCAGGACUGUUCCACAGAGCUCAACCACUUUGGCUACCAGUUCCUGCAACGGAUGUUUGAGAAACACGACAGGGAUCGUGAUGGCGCCCUCUCACCCACUGAGCUGCAGAACUUCUUCAGUGUGUUCCCCUACAUCCCCUGGGGACCUGAGCUCUACCACACGGUAUGCACCACUGAUAAAGGCCUGCUUUCCCUGCACGGAUUCCUCUGCCAGUGGACGCUGGUUGCCUACCUGGAUGUCCAUCGCUGCUUGGAACACUUGGGCUACCUGGGGUACCCCAUCUUCUCUCAGCAAGACUCUCAGAUUCACGCCAUCACAGUUACCCGGGAAAAAAGGAUUGACUUGGAGAAAGGCCAGACCCACCGGAAUGUUUUCCUGUGCAAAGUGAUUGGGUCUCAAGGGGCCGGCAAGUCUGCUUUCCUGCAAACCUUUCUAGGGAAGAAUGUGGGGGUCCAAAGUGAAUCUGAGGGAAGGGGAUCAUCCUAUUCAAUUAACACCGUGCAGGUCAACGGCCAGGAAAAGCAUUUAAUUCUGCACGAGAUUGAGGCAGACGUAGAAUUUGCAAAGGCCUCUGAUGCAUCUUGUGACGUUGCCUGCUUCUUGUACGACGCGACAGACCACAAAUCUUUUAAUUACUGUGCUAGUAUUUAUAAGCAACACUACAUGGACAGGCAGAUCCCUUGCCUCUUCGUGGCCUCCAAAGCUGACUUGCCGGAAACGUCACCCCAACACGGCCUCUCCCCAGCCGAGUUCUGCUACAAACACCGCCUGCCGCCACCGUUUUACUUCUCCUGCGUCAGCCAGGGCACUCUCAGCACCACCGUCUACGCCAAACUAGCCACAGCUGCCACUUUUCCGCACCUGAACGACGACGAGUUGGGCGCUUCAUCCUUCUGGAUCCGAAUUGCCUUGGGAGCCGCAGUGGCCACCGUUGUGGGCGUCACUCUCUACAAAGCAGUGUCAAAGAACAAGUAGAGUAAGGAGAGGACACGGGGACCUCCCUUUGCUUUCCUCCCUGGUCUAGGUUUUUUUUUCCACCCAAGUCCAGACAACCAACUCCAUUCGCCCCAAGCACGUUGCAAGGCCAAAGAGAAGUGUGCAAGGGGAAGACAAAAGGCCAACUGGAGGACAGACUAACCCCUCAGCUUCUCCGGGGGGUGGGCGGAGGUCGCAGACAGGAAUGACGACCAUUGCACCAGCAUCAGCAGAAAUCAUCGCAGUCAACUAGCCGGCAUGAGCAAAGACUAGCAUUUUUCUCACUCAGGGAACGUCCCCCAUCCUGCCAAGCCAUAGCAUCCGAUAUUUUCUGGGCCAUUCAGCUCCUACAGAUAUCUCAGCUUCCUCUGGUUUGUUUUUUUUAAACUAUCUUUGGACGUUCUUCAGAAGCUGAAGCUACUGCAGUUCUGGCAAAAAAAAAAAAAAAUCAAGAGACUUGUCUUGGGAGGAGCUGAGACUAAGGGUUGCUCCUCUGUGGUGCCCUCUGGUUUCUGGGAUGGCCUUUCUGUUCACUCUCCCGCUUGGGAGGAUAUCCUUGAGCUCCGGGGGGGUGGGGGCGGGGGAAUGAAGGGUUUCACCCAGGUCCUCUUCUUGGGAAUGGAUCAAACGCAGAACAAAGGACCCUCCAUGGAUGAGGAGUUGUGGAAAGAUGGAGAAUUAAGCUUGAACUUCUCUCUCUUGAUACAGACUUUAAUCUUGUGGCACACCCAUGCGUAAGGCCCCUACGUGGUUUCUGUGGCAGCCUGGGAACUCCUCUUGCCUUGGUGAGGUUGGGAUCAUUCCUCUGGACCAGGCCUGCAGAGGUUUCAGUAAAGCCCAGAGAGCUGAAACACAGACUUUGGUUGUCUGCUGUCUGUCUCUCGCGCUAGUUCAAGGUUUUUCCGUUUCUGGGAGGUUUUCCGCUCCAGCAACUGGGGAGCCAGUUGAGGAAGCAACUAGGACUUGCCCCCCCCCCCCACACACAAGGAUUCGUGGAUCCACUGUAGGAGCAGCCCCUUCCCACGUCUAAUAGGUGAAGUCUUUCCCCCCCCCCCCGCCACUUCUUCCCAUGCUCCAGGAAAAUAAUCAUCUGCAGAUUCUUCCUAUGUCCCAGACUCUUGCUCAGGGUGGGGAGGGGAGGUGGGGUCAAAGAGACCACCUCGACCCAUGGAUCUGUGCCAUCAUUGUUGUCUAGGGGGCUAGGGCCCGCUUCCAAACUUUUGAACCCUCCCUCUUGUCUCCAGAACAUAGUUGUGUAAAUAUGUACGCGAUUUGGGGCGGGGGGGGGGGGGAGGUUCCCAUGCCGUCCCGUAAGUGUCUCAGAAAGAAAUUAUAAAAAGGGAAGUGUUUUGUUUCUCAUUUUAGUUUUAGUUUUGCUUUUUUCACUUUGCAGUUCUUGCACACUUCACGAUUGGUCCUUUCUGCGAUGGGGGUGGGUGGGGUUUUUUCCCUUGAAUUCCUUCUCUGGGCUUUCAGCCUGCAGCUUCCCAUCCUCAGCCAGACUGCUGCUGGCUUUAGGAUGGCAGCCCUUUGCUGCCUUGAUUGGGCUCUGUUAAGUCCAGGUUGCCCCAGGUUAGAUCCCUUCCACCGGCCAGAAACGCGGGGAGCUGUUAAAGGAUGAACCAGGCCGUGUGUGGAAGCAGGAGGCAGCCGCUCCGUGGUUGUGACCUCUGCCCCCAAAUAUAUGAACCGAAAUAGAAACUGCCUGGUUGCAUCCAGCACACCCUGGGUUAAUGUUCGCAUUUCCUUAUAGGAUGGCUCACAGGGAGGUUAACGUAGUGAAGAGAAGCCUUCCGUAUUGGUCGUAAUCAGUGCCAAGGAAAUACUGCAUCAGUAUUCGGUUCCCAGGUCGUGACCUUGUGUUUUGAUCUGUGACUUUAAACAAGUCUCUCUCCCACCCGCUUCCCCCCCCCCAUUUUAUUUUCUCACCUUUCCCCUUUCUACAGGGAUCAUUGAUUCAGGCUGUAGCGUAAGAAGCUCAGGAUAGGAUCCAAUCUAAAUAUCUGCUUUGGGAAUUCUUGUCUGCAUUUAUCGUCCAUUAAAAAAAAAACUGCCUUUAAUAUUACCAGCAGCAGAAAUGUCUAAACCCAUGUCCGCCAGUACGUCGUGCAGCUAACCAGCCGCCCCAUCGCUUUUGCGCCCCAUGCUCCCCCUCCCCUGAACCCCACGUUUGGCCUCUCUUCCUUUUUGUCUGCCGUAGUGCAAAGCUAGACUGAGAUCUGCAAAGCCAGAAGUAUUUAAGCAACAGCAGAGAAGGAGUAGAAAGCAUCUGAAAAGGAGGAGGAGGAGAAUGAAGCUUUGGGGAUGGAGAAAUUGAAUGAUAAACCAGGAGGGGGCCAUCUGUAUCCAGUAAAAGGUUUCCUCCGGAAAGUGGGAAUUCAAAGGCUCAGCUGUCUGAAAGGGAACUUUUGACAAGGCUGCCAAAGUUUUUUCAGUUGUAGUUUCUGUCAUCUGUAGGGCAUCCUUAGCCUCCUGGUCAAACCGGGAGCCAUUCUUCUCUCUGGACUGUGGGCUCCUGCUUGUCCUUUCCGUAACUUGGCUGUUGUCUUCUGCGGCUUCAGCUGACGCUCUGAAAUCCAUUCCAAACAGCAGCCUUUUAAUGCCAGGAAGUCAACUGCUGAGCUGCAGUGGAUUCUUCCUUCUCACAAAAGCUCCUUGCAUCCUCCUCCUCCGAAACCUACUGAUACUGCCUUCUUUCCUGCCUUCCAGCUGAACAAAAUAGAACACCUGGUAUGUUUUGUCUGCAGGAAAUAGACAAAUUUAGACAAUGGGUUUAGCAAGGAGAGUGGCCCCAUUUUUUUUUUCAUUCAGAUAAUCAUUAAGAGAAGAGCAGGUCAUCAUCCAACUCAUUCUGCCAUCUAUCAAGAGAUGAGUCACUUUCAGAAGAAGGCUCCUGUCAUCUCCCAGAUGUAUAUUUUGGAAUGUACUCCAUAUUUUAUGGAAUUUGCACAUAAGGACCUGGGUAUUCCCUAGCAGCUCUUGAGCCUUUCAUUCCAGAAUCAUGGUCUGCCUGCUGCUGAUGGUGAGAUCUUGCCCACUCCAUUCCUUCUUUGUUUUGGUAGGCCCUUCAGUUGGUUCUACUAGGUUAGAUGAUCCCCAGACACAGUUUGUCCUCAGCCAGUUGCAAUCGGCUGCUUGGCCCUUCUUGCUCCUUACAACAAGACCAAGCUUCAGUCCAGCCUUCACCUAUUAGCGGCCAGAAUAUAGUUCAGUUUUGGACCUCUGCAAGUAGGGAGUGGAACCCUCUGGAGGGCCCCAGGUUGGAGGACCUUCACGACCUCCAGUUGUGAUCAUUCCAGUCCUGCAGUCAGAAUUGACUGCCUCUCUGUUGCAUGAUUCAGCAGCAAAGGGGGUGGGGGGUGUUACCUUCCAUAAACCUAUUUUUCUUUUCCUGGGUACACGGGUAACUCCAAGGGACUUGAAUAUUUACAUUCCAUCUGCUUUUCAAAAGUGUGGUUUGCUAAUUUUUUUAGCUUUUAAAAAAGUUGCUGGGGAAUGCUAUUCAGAUGGGGGUGGGAGAGAGUUAACUCCUAUCUGCUUCCUGGCCCUGUCUUAGCCUUCCCAGAUAUGCUACUUACUCCAAGUAGCAGCUUAGGAGCAAAGAGAAGAUCGGAGAAGGAAUUUGGGGAAACAUCCAGGGUGGGAGAAAGGAUUUGUACUGCUGGCAGAACUGGGGACCCCCACGGGCACCUUAUCUCAGUGGUUGCUAGCCUUGAAGCUUGCUUUUCAAAAAGCAUGCCUGAUCUUGAUCCUUCGUUCUCAUGAGCAGAAAGAACUGGAUGGGGCCACAAGAGAAAGAAGCGUAGCUUAGCCUUACUGUUGAAUAUUCCUCCAUAGUAAAUACCAGUAGGGAAGAAAUCACCACACAUAGAAAGCUAGCAUAUUAGGAGAGACCUAGAGCUUCCUCAGCAGAGCAUUGUGUUUUUUUUUAAAAUAGAAGGGCAGUUACCCAAACAUCCAUCCAUUUGCACUUGGAAGUGGUGCCAUCUGGGCCCAGCUUUAUGACCAUUGUCCUUGCAAAGUCAGCUAUAACAAGGCAGAUUUUAAAGAAGUGGGCCCUUAACCGUUGCAACUCUUGAGUGGCAUGUCCCAGUUGCCUUGCAUGUGGAGUCUUUCGGAUCCCUUUGGGAUUCCCUGCAGAUUUCAGUAAUCCCCAUCACUCUGCUUCCAGAGACGAGCUCAAGGUGAACUUUUUUGUAUUUCCGUCUCUUACCGCAUUUGUGGGUCCACUGCCUGGAGCAAAUUCGCAGCAGUGAGCUUUGCAGGGAAACCUCUCUUCACAGAGCGGUGGGGCCGUUCUCUCCCCGGGGUUCCCCUUAGCCUACAUCUCUAUUCAGUCGUGUGAGUUUCAACUAACUACUGUGGACCUGAAUAAAUUUUUAUGCACCAGAUGGUUGCAGACAAAAGACAAA